CACGUAAAUAAUUAUUUCGCGUCUGCCACCACUUCCCCUCCACCACAUCCUCUUCAAGCCAAUGCGCUCUUUCUCUCAUCCGUCAACUUAGCCUUUGCAUCAUCUCAUUCGAAUCUGCCUGCUUCUCCACCUCGACCCUUCCUCCUCUCGGAGAUUCCAGGCACCAUGGCGUCCGCGGUGUUCUUCCUCGACUUGAAGGGCAAGGUGAGCGAGAAGAACGAGUCUGGGCAAGAUGACAUGGAAUGCUGACCAACCCAGACUCUUCUCGCUCGCAACUAUCGUGGUGACAUUCCCAUGUCUGCCGUCGAGAAAUUCCCAAUCCUUCUUUCCGAAGCCGAGGAGGAGUCGUCUGCAGUCCCGCCAUGUUUCUCUGAUGAGGGCAUCAAUUACCUUUACAUCCGCCACAACAAUCUCUACCUCCUCGCUCUCACCAAACGCAACACCAAUGCAGCAGAGAUCCUGUUGUUCCUCCAUAAGAUUGUCGAGGUCUUCACCGAGUACUUCAAAGAGCUAGAAGAGGAGUCAAUCCGAGACAAUUUCGUCAUCAUCUAUGAGCUGCUGGACGAAAUGAUGGACUUUGGUUACCCUCAAACCACCGAGUCAAAGAUCCUUCAGGAAUACAUCACCCAAGAGUCGCACAAGCUCGAGGUGCAGGCCCGCCCUCCUAUUGCCGUCACCAAUGCCGUCUCUUGGAGAAGCGAAGGCAUCAGAUACCGUAAGAAUGAGGUGUUCCUUGACGUGAUCGAGUCUCUUAAUCUCUUGGUGUCCUCCACUGGCAACGUCCUCCGAUCUGAGAUUCUGGGUGCAAUUAAGAUGAAGUGCUAUCUUUCCGGCAUGCCAGAACUCCGACUCGGAUUGAAUGAUAAGGUCAUGUUCGAAACCACUGGAAGAUCCACGCGAGGCAAGGCUGUCGAAAUGGAAGACGUCAAGUUCCACCAGUGUGUGAGAUUAUCCCGCUUCGAGAACGAUCGUACCAUCAGCUUCAUCCCACCGGAUGGAGAGUUCGAGCUGAUGAGUUACCGACUCAAUACCGCAGUCAAGCCACUCAUCUGGGUCGAGUGUGUUGUGGAAUCCCAUUCAGGUUCAAGAAUUGAAUACAUGUUGAAAGCCAAGGCUCAGUUCAAGAGAAGAUCGACUGCCAACAACGUUGAGAUUAGCAUUCCCGUCCCUGAUGAUGCCGAUACUCCAAGAUUUCGAACUAACAUUGGAUCUGUGCACUAUGCGCCAGAGAAAUCUGCAAUCGUCUGGAAGAUCAAACAGUUCGGUGGCGGUAAGGAAUUCCUUAUGCGAGCAGAACUGGGCCUUCCUAGUGUCAAGGGAGACGACGAGCGUGGUGGCGGCAUGACCGGCGGUUUUGGUGGCAGCAUGGGUGGCAUCACAGGAGAAGGAAAGGCCAAGAGACCCAUCAACGUCAAGUUCGAGAUUCCUUACUUCACCACCAGUGGUAUCCAGGUGCGAUACUUGAAGAUCAUUGAGCCAAAGCUGCAAUAUCCAUCCCUCCCAUGGGUCCGCUACAUCACACAGUCCGGAGACAUCGCAGUCCGCUUGCCAGACGUGCAGGGAGGUUGAACCCUUAAAAGAGCGACAUGUCGGACUUCGAUAUGCCGCUUCUCUUUGUAAUAGUGAUACCAACCACUUGGCGAAGACUACUCUCGACGUAAAGCAGCGGGAUUCCUGCUGGCCUCAUGAAUGCUGCUUCCAAGCUACCUGUGAAGAUCUCGCUCAACCUGCCAGGCUCGAUAUUGCCUUGGCGAAGAAAAAACAACAAAAAUAUUUCACAAAGCGAGAUGAUUCUUGGACGCACGCCUGGACGAAAGCCACGAAUUGGAGGAUGAAGGCUUUCAUAUCCACUUGGUCGACCUCCUGGAAUCACACACGAACGAUAACAACUGAGCUUCACACACAGACUUCUAAGACACCAAAAAAAAGAAACAACCAGUCCGCUGCAUGGGACGCACCACACCGAUGGAUGGGCGCAGAACGGCAGAAGGGGUUGAAUGUCCAGAGUAACUGACCAAUCGACUAUUCAGUUCUAUGUGUGGUUCACGAUGUCUGUUCGUCUCUUGAGACUGAACUGUGUCUUGUCUAGGUGAAUGGCUCUGACGAGCACGACUGCAUCUGUGGCCAUGAAGAAACACAUCCAGAUGAGUAGCCCUUCGUGGGCGAAAUAUGUCGAGAUGAGUAUCCGUAGAACGAACCAGUCUAGAUAAUCCUCCAAAACAAAUGAUAACUCCAAUCAAAGCACCU